UCACAUCUGCAGCAGUCAUCAUGGCUCGUCUUCAACUCCUGAGGAGGCAGCGAGGAGGAAAAGUCGCUGUAGUCACGGAAAGACAAAUUAGCAGCAUGUGUUGAUCCAUCAAAUCGCUGCAACAAGGCGGUAGGAGGUGUGCCUCCCAUCACGCUGCUCCCCAGCCGGUGUCUCUGCUGCUGCCAUGGAGGUGGGCAGCCUCCCCGUGGAGCUGUGGAGGGUUAUCUUAGCCUACCUCCCUCUUCCUGACCUUGGCCGCUGCUGUCAGGUGUGUCGUGCAUGGAGGGAGCUCAUCCUGUCUCUGGACAACACCCGCUGGAGACAGCUGUGUCUGGGCUGCCCCGAGUGUCGUCACCCCAAUUGGCCCAGUCAGCCCAAUCUGGAACCACCAUCCUGGAGGGAGGCCCUAAAGCAGCAUGCUCUGGCGUCCCGCACCUGGGCUCAGAACGGUCCAGAGCACCAAUCGUCUGCAUGCCUCCUCUUCUUCCGCCGUCGGAAAGACCGCAGGGUUUGGCACGUGGGUCCUGGAUGUGAGUUUGAAACCCUGCGUGGGGCUCUUGCUGUUGCAGGGCCAUACGACCGAGUGGUUCUACACCCAGGAGUAUAUGAAGAGCAGGCGGAGAUAGCACUAAAGGUUCCUGUGGAAUUGGUUGGUCUUGGCCAACUGGGCGAGGUGGCCUUGUUGGUGUGCAUGGAGCAGCAAUGUCCUACUGCCAGGCUCUGCAAUCUGGUGUUCAUGCCGCCUUGGUUCUCCACUAUUGUUUAUAAGACUUCUUGGGGUCAUGUUCAGCUAGAUAACUGCAACUUUGAGGGGGCUCAGUUGCAGGUCCGCGGCCCAGGGACCUGCCAGGCUCGUUUUUGCUCCUUCUCACAGGGCAGCUCUGCACACCUGCUGGGUGUUGUUCUGAGUUUACUGGACAGCUGUGACUUCUCAGGCAGUGACACGGCCUCAGUGACUGUGGAAGGUCCUCCGGUGUCAGAGAGGAACUGGGCUUGUAAACACUUGGCAGCCCUGGCCAGGACGUUCCCAUUUGGCGGUCUUUCUGAGAAUAAAAAUAGUUCACCAAUUAGCCCUCUGUCUGGCUCCACUGUUGGACCUCAAUCUACAGGAAGUUGUGUCAAAAGGGAGCACGUUAACAUGGAGGAAUGGCAGAGGAGGAACGGAGUAGAUGCUUUUUGUCACUGCACUGUGAUUGAAGAUGGCUUUGGUGACGGAGGCCAAAGUGAGGGAGAGGAGGAAGAUGGAGAAAAAAACAACACUAACAACACAAUAACAAUGGACUACAAAAUCUCCUGUGACAAUCAUGGACUUUCACAUUUGCUAAAGCCUCGGGCUGAUGGCUCUCUGCCACCGGCCUCCUGCCCAAAUCCCUUACCUGUGACUCCAAAACCCCUCACCCUUCAACAGGAACUAGAAAGAGACCCUGAUGCUCAGAUGCUGUCAGCAGCCACCCUCGGCUGCAUCCUCAGACGCUGCCUUUUCAGGGAAGGAAAGGGCGGUGUGCAUUUGUCUAAUUACGGACAGGCUCGACUGGAGGGCAAUGUUUUCCGUGGGCUGAACUACGCCGUCCGCUGCAUCCAAAGUUCCACAAUAGUGAUGCUGAGAAACGAGGUAUGUGAGUGCCGGGCGUCAGGUGUGUUCCUGCGACUCUCUGCCCAGGGCCUCAUCGCAGAAAACAACAUCCAUUCAAAUGGAGAGGCAGGACUGGACAUCCGGAAAGGAGCAAAUCCCAUAAUUCUGUGCAACAAAAUACACAGUGGUUUGCGUUCAGGGAUUGUUGUCCUUGGCAAGGGAAAAGGUUCAAUUCGGAGCAAUCAGAUCUACAACAACAAAGAAGCGGGCGUGUACAUUUUGUUCAGUGGGAAUCCUGUGGUCAGUGGGAAUUACAUCUUCCAAGGCCAGGCAGCUGGAAUUGCAGUAAAUGAGAAUGGCAGGGGGAUAAUAACAGAGAAUGUCAUUAAAGAAAAUCAGUGGGGAGGCAUAGACAUCCGCAGAGGAGGUGACCCCAUCUUAAAGAACAACUACAUCUGCUAUGGCUUCUCUGAUGGUGUGGUUGUAGGCGAGAGAGGGCGUGGACUUAUCGAGGGGAACCAUGUUUACUGCAAUAAAGGCUGCGGUGUGUGGGUGAUGUCAUCUAGCCUACCACAACUCAUGGGUAACUACAUUACUCAUAACUGCAUGUACGGGCUGGCAGUGUUCUGCAGGAAAGACCCAGAGAACAUCGAGGCUAUGGAGGGAAACUGGCAGGGGCCGGAGGGGCUCGGGGGGGAAGUAGGCAACGGGGAAAGGAGAGGAGUGGAAGAAGAAGGAAGAGAAGCGCAGGAGAACCUGAAUGAGGAGGGAGAGUUGUUUGCUUGGGAGAGUGAUCUGGACAGUGAGGACGAGCGUCACUCGGCCCGUCGCUCCAUCAGCGUGCCACUGGUGGAGGGCAACUGCAUGAGCUUCAACGGAACGGUUGGUCUGUAUGUCAAAAGCAGCGAGCCCCUGAACGUCUUUGCGAACCUUGUAAAUAACAACCACGGCACCGGAAUCGCCGUGCUGCAGAGCAGUCAGCUGACCCGGCUGGUCACAAACUGUGUUCUCGAGAACGGUCGAGCUGGCGUCACAGUGGAGAGAGACUGCAGAGUGGAACUUCGUGGGAAUGGUAUCUAUGAAAACAGUGGCCACGGAGUCAGUUUCAGUGGCAGUGGGCAGAUCGUGGAGAAUGAUGUGGUUGGAAACCGUGGUUAUGGGAUCCAGGUCACGGGCAGUGCUGACAUCAAGGUUUUACGAAAUCGAGUCCAACCAUCACAAGGCUGUGGUAUUGCUGUGAGUGGGCCAGUGAAAGGCAUCAUCCAUGACAACCUCUUGUACCAGGGACAUCCCAUCAACAAAAAAACACUCCUCCUCCUAGAACCUGGCAAUGACAACUGUACGCUGCGAAACAAUAAUAUUCUUAAGCACAACAACAGUUGUACGUCCUCUCCUCCGUGGGUCUUGGACAACCCCCCUCCUCGUCCACUGGCCAGCUCCCCCUCUGGCCUCUCCUCUUCCCAGUAUCCUUCACGAAUCGGAAUUUCAAUGACAACCAGGAUCAGUGCCACCGUGGAGAGUGGGUGUCACAGCGGAAGCAUGUUUUGCUCCAUCCUAUGAAUUCUGUAAAGCACUUAGUAUGAAUAUUAACCAUGAUAUCAUGGUAUGAUCCUAUACAUUUAAAUUAUGACAAUCGUGUGAAAUGAUGUUCUACUGCCACUAUGAGGUUCCACCUCAUCUAAUGCUGCACUGAGUACAACCAUUUAAACAGGUCAUCCACUCUCAGUAAGUAAGUGUAAGGUUUUCGUAAUUCUGUAAGAUGAUGUGAAAUACUGUGCAGACGGCUGUCGUUCUUUUGGUUUCUAUCACAGUGAAUCUAAAUGACAACAUAUGUAAGCAUCGCCACCAUCCUGUAUUUUAAAGAACACACACUAAAGCGCUUUAACUGUCAGUUUCUCACACAGUCCUGUGUAGGAAAAUGUUAUUUUUGUCCGCUUCUGAGACCUGUCUGCUUGGAAAGUUCUAGCAAGAGUCAAAGCAGGAGUCACCGCCUCAAAUGCAAAGUAAAUCUGUGCCUUGUUUGACUUUUGAAUCAGUCAGUGAUUGUAGCUAAUCCAGUGUGAAGUGUAUAUGCAAAGAAAAAAAGCCAAAAUUUAGCUUCUGCCAGAUCAGCAGAGCUGCGCUGUUUCUUGACAAGUCUGUGUUUUUUUGUACCACGUUCUCAGCUUUUUUACUUAGGUGUCAACAUGCUGCGCAGCGGUACGACAAAACAGGCUUGUCAACAGCGAUCGACCGAAGAGAAUUUGUUCAGUGUGCAAUAUGUGAUGUCUUCAAACGUGCCUCUGUUUUAUCUGUGUACACUAGAUGUUUUCUCAUCUAGAAUCUGUUUACAGCUCACUUCUCUGCUUUUUGUAUUAGCUUUAAUUAACAAACAUAUGUACAACCAAAAAGGUACUCAUGUUUUGGUCUACAAGUUUCAUUAAUAAACACUUUUCUUGG